AUGCGCGUCUGGACGACCUUGUUGACCUCGACGCUCCUGGCGCGAGCGUUCGGAGCUCCGCCGGUGCAGCUUCCACUUCGACCAUUCGCAGAGCAAGUCGCGAACGGCCAGCAGGCCGUCAUAAUUGAGAAGAAACAGAAACUGCACGGGCGAUUCCUCCAAGUCACAGACUUCCAUCCUGACCGCUUCUAUCAAGUCUACUCGGGAACUGAUGAGGACUCGGCAUGUCAUCGCGGUCAAGGACCUGCGGGUAUCUACGGUGCCGAGACCAGCGAGUGUGACAGCCCAAUCGCGCUGAUCAACAAAACGAUGGAAUGGAUCGCAAAGGAGCUCAAGGAUAAGGUGGAUUUUGUCAUCUGGACAGGCGAUUCGGCACGCCAUGACAACGAUGAGGAGUUUCCUCGAACGGAAGAGCAGGUGCUGGGUCUGAAUGAGUUCAUGGUGCACAAAAUGACUGAAGUCUUUGGGAAGCACGGUGGAGACCAGGGCGAUGGUGAUCCCAACAACGAUUUCCAGAUCCCAAUCGUGCCGAAUCUGGGAAACAAUGAUAUUCUGCCUCACAACAUUCUAGCAAAGGGACCGAACAAGUGGACGCGGUCGUACUCUCGAAUCUGGAGGCAGUUCAUCCCUGAAGCACAGCAACACUCUUUCCAACAAGGAGGUUGGUUCUAUGUGGAGGUCAUUCCUCACCAGCUGGCGGUCUUCAGCUUGAACACGCUCUACUUCUUCGGAAGCAAUGCAGCAGCGGAUGGGUGUGCGGCCCGGUCUGAGCCAGGAUAUCAACAGAUGGAAUGGCUUCGGAUCCAGCUACAAUUCAUGCGUGAUCGCGGGAUGAAGGCCAUGCUGGUCGGUCAUGUUCCCCCGGUCCGCCAGGAAGCAAAGACUUCCUGGGAUGAGACGUGCUGGCAGAAAUACACUCUGUUCUUGAAGCAAUAUCGCGAUGUCAUUGUCUCCAGCCACUACGGACAUUUCAACUACGAUCACUUUAUGUUCCAGGAUUUCAAGGAUCUGAAGAAGAGUACCAAGAAGGGCCGUWUGAGAUCCUCCCUUGAGAGUGUCAUGCAAGAUGGCGACGUGUCAACGUCAGUCAAGUCAGACUACUUUGUGCAGCUUCGUGAGGAAUGGUCAGACCUGCCAGUACCCCCAAAAGCCAAAUCCAGCAGUUGGUUAGACGCCAUGCUAGGCAGGAAGAAAGACAAAAAGGAACGGAAAGAAAGGGAAAAGAAGUACCUCAAGGAGAUUGGAGGCGAGUACACGGAACGAUUUGCUGCGACAUUUGUCGGCGCAAGUGUUGUGCCAAACCUGUUCCCGACCAUGCGUGUUUUCGAGUACAACACAACCGGCGUCGAACAUCACUCAAAGGAUGCGGAGCCGAUUCCACUACCCGCGUUGGUCGAAUACGAUGACGGAGAUUUUGAAGAGUCCGGUAAGAAGAGGCAUAAAAAGAAGCACAAGAAGAUCAAGUUCACGGUUCCUGAUGGGCCUUCAAAGACUGCUCCUCCCGGUCCAGCAUACUCCCCACAGAGUCUGUCGUUGUUGAAGUAUACGCAAUACUUUGCGAACUUGACACAUAUAAACAACGACUUCUCAUCUCAUGGGGACGAAGAGGGUGAUGCAGACGGGACGAAGUGGAACGAGGGCAAGCACAAGRGCAAAACCCCACACGACCAUAAAGGUCACAAACCCAACCCGAAGAAGUUCCAAUAUGAGAAGUUGUACGACACAAAGGAGGACAAAGUGUAUCGUCUGGACGAUCUAACAGUGUCAAGUCUAAUUGAUCUUGCAAGGCGCAUUGGGAACUUCGUACCCGAAGAUGAGAGCUUGGAUUCCGCAUCCGAGUACGAUCUAGAAGCGGAGACGAAGGGUAAGAAGCAUAAGAAGCAUAAAGGGAAGAAGAAGCAAGGCCAUCGCAAGGAGAAUGAGGCAUGGUACACCUUUAUUCGCAGAGCGUAUAUUGAAACGCUCAGCCAAGAUGAGAUCGAUGAGAUGUUUGGGGAAUGA